AUGUUGCGCGAAAUAAAACCGCGAAAUGCUCGGACGGCUCGCAUCGUCAAGGCACGCGAGCCUCAACAGGUGGAAUCCAGGAAACGGGUCUUACUCCUGCAUGGGACGAAAUGCCCGCAGCCUCUCUCCAACGUGCUGAAGACUGUGCAUACGCUGACCAAACCGGAUUCUGUCAUGCUCACCAAGAAGAACGACAACAUCCACCCCUUCGAGAACCCCGAGUCCCUAGAAUUUCUGGCAGGGAAGAACGAAUGUGGGGUGGUGGUCUUUGGCACUCAUUCCAAAAAGAGACCGAACAAUGUCACAGUCCUGCGGAUAUACGACGGCAAACUUCUCGAUAUGGUUGAGCUGCUGCUUCUUGUGCCUGCGGACGAGCCACAGUCAGACCUAAAAUUGCAGAUUGGAGUCGGAAUGAAGCCUUUGAUCCUGUUCGCGGGAUCGCAGUGGGAUGACACCUCUUCAUCGGCGCAGGCUACACUCUACCAAUCCCUCAGGUCUAUAAUGCUGGAUCUGUUUCAGGGUGAAGAGAUAUCUUCAAUUGACGUGGCAGGUCUACAGUAUCUCCUGAUGAUCGCCACCGGUGAAAAUUCCAGUUCCUCGGGAGACUUGAACGACCCGGCGAACAAGCCCGUCCUUCACCUCAGAUGGUAUCGGAUACGAACUAUGAGAUCCAACAGCCCCAAAAUCCCACGGGUCGAGCUUGAGCCAAUUGGACACAGCUUCGAUUUCCGAGUUGAUCGAUUCCGUGAAGCGGAUGCGGCCGUGAUGAGGGAUGCUUUAAAACAUGGCCGUCGGCCAAAUGAACAACGGACAAAGAAGAAUAUUGAGACAGAUCUGGUGGGUGACAAGAUUGGCCGCGUGCAUCUUGGAAAACAGGAUCUCUCAAAUCUGCAGACACGGAAAAUGAAAGGGCUGAAAAGAAACCGUGGCGAGCUCGACGAUGAUGAAGAAGAGAUGGCGGACUUGGAUAAAGAGCAAGAUAUCAUCAGUCAAGACGAAGACAUGGAGAACGGCGGCAUGGACGUGGACGAUACGUCGGAAGAAGGCAGCACUGGUCUAGGCAGCGGGGAUGAGAUUAGUAUCGGAGAGGAUGACGACGAGGAAAUGGACGAUGCGGACGACGACGACAAUGAGAAACCGAAACGACGGCGGAUCUCUUGA